ACAUUUGACUCACAGUGUGAUUUUCUUCGCACACGCGUGAGGUUUUGUUCUUGGAUUGGUUGCGUCAAGUGGUGUAAAAAAAAUCGAUUUUUCUUGUCCAUCUUCAAAAAGGCGUUUUUUCGACGACAAUCAAGAAAUUAGUCAUCGUGUGGGAAUUUCGCAGCUUGCCAGCUUUUUAGUGGUGAAAUUUGGAGUAAACCUAGAGCGCAUAGGGAAGCGCGAGCGCGAAAGGCGGAAGCAAACCAGCACCACCAGCGGGGCAGAUCAGGCACAUCAUGCAAAGUGUUCUAUUUCAUAACAUUGCUAACGACGUUUUUGAUGCCCCAUCAUCCACCGCAGAAGAUAACCAGCAGCAGCAACAGCACUCGCUCGUGGAGACUUGUAUAUCGUAUAAAAUAGGUGCCGUGGGCAAGCAACGCACGUUUAUUGCUAGUGCAAGCGAUCGCGAACCAUCCCGUAGAAACUGUUUUGCCUUGCUCGGGAGAAGGUCCUGAUUUCGCGUGUGUCCGGUGCUAACAAGAGUGCGAAGUGGGAACGCAAGACACUGCCGAAGUGAAAGGAAAUCCAGAAAGUAACGUCGAGAGGAAAGAGAAAAGGAGGAAAAAAAACGUCAAAACACGAUUUGUGUGCUCAACAACGUUGUAUAGAACCGUGCAAUAAGGCAGAGUUUAUAUUUAGCGAAGGAAGAGGAAGAAUUUUGGUUAUUUUUUUUCGAGUCGAUUUCUAAGUCAGCUGCAGUUCUAAAUUGGCUCCCAAUCGACGCGGAGGUCAGCAAGAGACAAGGAGUAACAAGAUGCCACGAAAUCGGAAGAAGCAAGCAGCCAACGGCAAUUCGCACCACUUUGCUGAAUCGGACGACGAACUGUCCAACGACAAUGCCAGUGUGCACUCGUACCAGUCGGAUUACGUAAAUGAUGCCGGCAAUAAUAACAACAAUAACAACAACGGCAACGACACCGAUGGCGGAGAGGGUGGCGGCUUCGAGAAGUACGAGGAAAAGCUCCUCCAGGCUAUCGAGAAUGCCUCGGACAAGUCGCUACAGACCCGAAUCAACGCAUUCCAGGCGAUCAACGAUGUGCUGGUCCAUCACUACAUCCCCGAUACGAUCGAGAGCCGCAAGAUGACGCUAGUGGAUGCGAUCGAGAAGUCCAUCAAGAAGGGCAAGGGAGCCGAACAGGCGUGGGCUGCGCGCAUCAUUCCGCUGUUGGUGAUUCAGCUCGAGGAAGUGGACGAUAUUAACGAGCUGAUCAAGGUGCUGAAGCCGGUUCUGCUGGCGGUCGCACAGGAUACCGCCGCCUCGCACGAUGCCCGGGCCAAGUGCUGUAUGGCUUUGGGUUUGCUCAAUUUCCUAGGUUCGGAUGAUAUCGGAGACCUGUUGCCACUGAUGAAGAGCUUCGAGGGAAUCUUCUCCGGGAGCUAUCUCAAAGGGGAUAACACUCCAAGCAGUGCCAACGCCGAUGCUGCUGCCCUUCACAGUUCCGCUCUUAACGCUUGGGCCCUCCUGCUCACGCUGGUUCCCUCGGGGGAUUUGGUUUCCCUGGUCAACAGUAACAACGCCAUGAUUCCAUCGAUCCAAAAACUCGUCGGAAUGCUGCAGAGUCCCCAUCUUGACGUUAGGAUGGCUGCCGGGGAAACCAUUGCACUCAUCCUGGAGAGUGGCCGCUCUCACGACGACGGCUUCCUCGACGAGGAACUGUCCGAUCUGAUUGAAGCCACCAAGAAGCUGGCCACCGAUGCCCACAAGUAUCGCGCCAAACGUGACCGCAAGGUGCAGCGUGCGACCUUCCGCGACGUCCACCGCUAUCUGGAGGAGGACAUCUCGCCCGAGAUUUGCAUCAAGUUCGGUAAGGAGGCUCUGCUGCUGGACACGUGGUCUCUCCACCAUCAGUAUAUCUGUCUGCGGAACGCGCUGGGUUUCGGAAUGAACGUGCAUCUGUCGGAGAAUGGCUUCCUGCGGGAUGUGCUGCAGCUGGGCGCUCGAUUGGACGACGUCCAGGGCAACGCCAAGAUGGCCAAGGCGGAGAAAAAGUUCAUCAAUGCGGCCGCCUUCAAGGUGCGCACAAUCACCCGCGGGAAGAACCGGGACAAACGUUCGGCUGUUAUCAAUUAAUCACACACGGGGGUCGACAGGUGAAUGUGUAUGUGUAUGUGUAUAUGUGUGUACAUAGGUGUGCGAUAUAUUGGCACCAUCUUGUUUCGUAUUUGUUUUUUUCUUCGACAAAAUUACGCGUUUCAUUCGCUGUACCUUUGUUUAGUUAGAUGAUCUAAACAGAAGCUGUGCACACUCUCCCCUCCCCAGGUAGCGAAUACUGCGCGCACAGGAUCGUUAGUUUUAUUUUUGGUAUCGCUCGUUAUGGUUCCUGCCUUUCUUAUUCAUAGGUUAAUUUAGUUUUACUCUCUCGGCAAUUUUUCUCUUUUCCUCUCAUCUCGAAAAAUCAAAAAAAAAUUGAGUUAGAUAAAUAUUUGGGAUGGAAUUUGUUCAAUUCAAGAACUUGAACAUUAGUUGAUGGAAUGCAAAUUUGCAAACAUAGCUGUAGCGGAUAUCGGAUUAAGUAAAUCUAUUCAUAUAUAAAAAUAUAUUCGCAAACUUUACAUCUUACAAACUUCUUCUAAUGUCAUGUAGAGACUUUGCGUAGAAUAGAAGAGUUUAUGUGUAAUGAUAAUAAAAAAUCUAUAAAUUUAAUAAUCGAUUAAAUAAUAAACAGGGCGAACCCUAAAAAUUGA